CCCACCAAGAGCCUCUCUCUGCAAGGUGCCCGAGGCGAGAGCGAGCCAGCAUGGACGUCUUUAAGAAAGGGUUCUCCAUUGCGAAGGAGGGUGUGGUGGCUGCUGCGGAAAAGACCAAGCAAGGAGUGACCGAGGCUGCAGAGAAGACCAAGGAAGGGGUGAUGUAUGUAGGGGCCAAAACCAAAGAAGGUGUUGUGCAGAGUGUCACUUCAGUUGCCGAAAAGACCAAAGAGCAGGCCAACCUGGUGGGUGAAUCUGUGGUGGCCAGUGUGAACACGGUGGCAAAGCAGACGGUAGAAGGAGCAGAAACCAUUGUAACUACCACUGGGGUUGUAAAAAAGGAGGAUUUACAGCACCCGGAGCAGCCUGGAGAAGUACCUGCUGCAGAAGAAGAUGCCCCAGUGGAAGCCACAGAAAUUGGUGUAGAGGUAAAACACACUCACAGCCCAGCUAACCCCCGAAUCCUUGGCUGGCCGGGACUUUUUCUCGCCAUCUAUUGUUCUUUUCUUACUUUCUCUGUGCUGAGCUGCUUUCCAUUUCUUUUCUGCAUACAGGGUGAAAAUGAAGGCAAUUAA